AUGAAGAGGAUAUCUUGCAGUGUAUUCAUCAUUCUUCUAAUUCAGCAAAUUUGUGCAACGACACACAAGAAAUAUGCAAAAGGUGAGUGGAAAUUGUUGCGUUUUAACGUUGCUAAGCGUGAGUCGAAACUCUUAGUUCUUAGUGUGUUUAUAAUAAUUACCCUGGGUUUUUCUCCGAUACAGGUCGCACGCUGUUACCUAGAGGUAUCUCCAGCAACAAUGGUCGCAUUGAGUUUGAGAUGACAAUCGUAGAGCGAGUGAAUCGCCUGGGAAAACGCCAUUCACCUCACAAACAUUUUGUAAGAUACGAAUACAACGGAUGGGGGAUGGCCACAGUUUAUUACAGACUUGCCGCGUUUGGUCAAAUUUUUCGAUUCCGAUUGGAGCGCGACGCGAGCUUUUUAUCGCCUGCACUUAAUGUAGAGCAUAUUUACGGAGAUUUUAGGAGACUUCCAUUCUCUGGGAAUUUGCAGCACUGUUUUUAUCGUGGGGAAAUUCAGGGAGAGCCAAAUUCUACUGCUGUGUUUAAUUUGUGCAACGGACUUGUAAGUACAUUUGUCCUGUUUACAUAUGUUGUUAUAAUUGAUGUUUUAAUUCGUGCUUUGAUUUCCAAAGAUUUGUUUUAUACAACCGCGCAGCGCUGUGAAUGUACUAUAACACUCAGGCGGUGUUCUUGUUCCUUACCGCUCACCGCUCCGUAAUUUUAAUUCGAUUUAGAACAAUUCCAUGUGAUUCUCAUUCAUGUGAUGAAAACAUUUGGAAAAAUUAUCAUUUUGUGACCGAUGGCGGUAUACUCUUUUAUUUAUGUACUCAAUUAACGAGGCCUGUCCGACCGACUUUCAGCCAGGGACAUGUAAAUUGACAAGUUUAUAAACACUCUGAGUUGAAAACUCUUUAAACUGGUUAGUCCUGUGAAGAGGGUUUUGUGUUAAAUGAACGGAAUCUAAUCUAGAGUUUAUUUCACACGGGAUAAUUUUGAAAAACAUUUUUUCAAGGGCUCGGGUUAGUUGUGGUUGCCAUUUCAGAUUUUUGGGUUUACAGUUCUACCGGAAGUGGUUUCAUGCGGUAAUGACCCCCUGGAAAUCAAUACUAACAAUUUUUCGCAACUCGCGCGUUCCCGUCUUGGCGGCGACACCUUGUGCAACUUCAAAUAUACAUAUGAAAAAAAAAAUUACAUUGUUCUUAUAAUACUAAAACCGCUGGUACAUGGGUAUUUAAUUAGCCAAAAGAAUGUCGAGUAACCACUUCCUCCGUUAAGCAUAUUAAUCAUGAAAAACAAACAACUUUGGCUUCAUGAGAAUUGCAUAUGUAAAAUCCCCCUGAAACGCGCGUAGAUUUUAUUUCCUUUUUUAUUUUUGUUUUGGAUAGUAAUAGUUUUAAUUUAAAUUCUGAUCAUAAGGUGUCCAGUUUCUCUCCUUCUACAGCAUGGUUCGUUCGUCUCAAGUGGCCAACGCUAUUUAAUCGAACCUGCUGAAGAACGGAACACAAAGAUACACGCGCAUCUCAGGAAAUUCCAUAUCGUAUUUCGUCAUUCUGCUCUUGAAGACGAUGUUAGCAAUGCUCCGUCGACAUGUGGACUUGUGGGUAAGUUUCAUUUACAUUACACACGGUCCGUCUGUGCGUACAAUACGGUUAAAAAGAAGUCAACUUAACCCACAAUUAUGCACGUUUUCCGCAAUACAGGAAAUUUAUCUUGCUUCAAAGUACCACUAUUCUAUAUCUACCUUGACAUGAGUUAUGACAAAAAGUGCAUUUUACGUCACAUCAUGUCGUGUGCCAAAUCAGAUAGGACACUGUGAGAUCGACUUCAGUUAAUACAAAUAAAUACGCCUUUCAACCUUGCUGGAUUGCUAGCGAAUCAGACGUUUCCGAUUUGUUUUUUUUGCGCCUGAAGAGUGUGUACUGUAACUCUUGGCUUGUAUCUGUUUUACUAUAAGUGCGCAAAUCUGCAAAAGAGGAAAAUUUAGCUCUAAUUUUUAGGAAGUUUCUUUGCGCAAUUAACUGUAGCUUAAUACCAGUCGACUUAAUGUCUCUUUUUGCCGUGUGCGUGAUAGCGCGGGAACGCUACAGAGGUUGAGGCACACUUGACAUGGAUAGGUUGUCGCGGUCGACACUGAAACAAGGUUGUCUUAGAAAUCUCUGACGUGAAACUUGACAGUGUACCCGUGAGUCAACCGACAACGACACGAUACGAUCAACAAACUAACAUAUUAAAGUUUACUUUUCGUUUUAGCUGUCUGGAAACCAUAUCUUUUGGAUUUCAUCUGUCAGUGCCUUUUCUUUCUUAAAGAGGGCGUUCUACUGAUAUAAUAUAGCAAAAAUGCAGUUGUUUUACGUCAGAAACAGCCUGCAAAUUGGAUCAAGAAAUUCCUCUCAAUUCUUUUCAGCAAGUUGUUUUAUUGCCAUUUGUUAUAGAAAGCAGAGACGAAUUUAAGCUCUGUGCGAUAGCAAAAUGUCACCUCUCUUAGGUCAUUCCCUAAUGACGGAGGGUUACGAAUUUUUCAGAUUUUCCGAAUACCAUCUAGUUCCAUAAACACGUUUUUCGGUGUUCCUACUCACCCGGUGACUCCUGCUAUUAGUGAACUCUUUACAAGCCUUACAGUCUGCUUAUUGAACGCGGUUGAUAAACAUAAAGAAUACGCUCAAAACCUGAUGUAGUUGAAUUAAUAUUUCUCUGUCAAAACUAAAGAAUUUUGCGAAUUUGCAAAUUGUUUUACAGAUGGCUUUUUGUCAUAAACACAGCAUGAAGUGUAAAGAAAUUGACGUACACUCCGAUGCUCAAUCAGACUCACCGAAAAAAUGAGGUCACGUCCAACUUAAAAAUAUUAACAAGAAUCAUGCGUGGCCAUCUUUAUUUUGUGCAAUAGUGUUACGAUCUUCGUGUUCACGGGGAGCAUUCCAUGCUACGUUUAAACAGGAUUAACCUGCGAUAACGAACAGUCGAAACGUAACUCCUUGUAAUUAAUGCUUUGGUGAUCGAUUUUAAAUGACGAUGGUCAGACGCUUAAUUGCAAAUCAUAUCCUCUUGUCACGCAUUGCCCUUCGCUUGUCACGCAACGCUUUGAUCACUUUGAUCCAGUAGCAAACAGCUAAGGAACGCCUUUUCCAUCAAUUAUUUUAGCACUGCGGCCGGCCUUUGGUUUCUUAAGUGAAUUUGAGGAAUUUUCAUUCAGGUGGAAGGCUUCUGAUGAAAAUUUCUGCCGCAGUUCUUCAUAGUUUUGCACACAGUUGGCUUCUUACAAAUUGUUAUGUUCUCUCUUAUGCCCUUGUAGUUCUGUGUCUCGUUUGCGCACCACGCACGUUUUUAUGGCACUCCUUUGCGCACCCUGUAAUGUAUCGCCCCUAGAUGCGCGCUGUUUUGUUAACUUCUGUGCGCACGCUGUUAUGUGCGCUCGAUGUUGUGUUAACUUCUGUGCGCCCUUGUACACCCGCUGUUAUGCGCUCCAGUGAACCCGCUGUUAUGUGCUCCCCUGUGCGCGCGCUGUUAUGUACGCUCCCAAGUGCGCGCUGUUACUUUCACUCCUGCGAAGUACUAUUUUUUACAGUUAUGAAAUAAUUUAAAUGAUGUUUAUUUGUUUCUUAAAGUUCGCCAUAGUUUUUUAGCUGGUAAACGAACUCUAUAUCUAUAAUCAUAUGAUUGCAGACAGAAUUGCUUUCCACUUGGUCUCAGAACCAUUAUUGAUCGUUGAUGUACAUGAUAUGCAUGAGGGUCUCAGAUUCUUCACAAGGUAGUGAUCUCGUAAGGUUCAUAAGGAUGCUAAUAGCAACUCUGUAAAUAGCGGUGGUGAACUCACUCUAAUCCUAAUCGUGAAUAUUAACCUUCUUGCUCUCGUGUAUGAGGUAAACUGUCUUUCCUACCCUUUAAUGGUGGUGUAAAUCAGGUAAAGUUGUGCAAAAGGAGAUGCGGUUUUUUUAAAUCUUAAGCCUCACUUGAAUUUUCUUACGAGGGCUUCAGCUUCGAGCCUUUUCAUCGCUCACUGCAUUUGAAGUAAUUACCUCCUACAAGAUUACUUUAAAUACCGGAGGCAAAAUGAUUGAACUAAAUUUUCCAUAACACGACACUGCUUUUGACUCUGAUUUUAGAUACCAACAAACCUCUCCCGCAUUUACGUGGGCAGCCGCAACGACCCAUCAAUGAAAGCUCUACGAGAAGAAGACGUAAAAGAAGCCUCGGUGAGAGCUUCGUUGAAACGUUAGUGGUUGCUGAUAAAACUAUGGUUGACGCUUUUGAUAGCAAAGCCGAUUUGGAAAGCUAUAUCAUUACUCUGAUGGGUGUGGUAAGUAACAUAUUAUCGUAAUCAGUUAUCAGUUAUUUCUUUUCGUUUAACCUUCUUAAAGUACGUUCAAACGUAUAUUAAGCAAUGGCGAACCAACCCUCCCCCCCAACCCAAUAACAGUCAACUGGCGACAAAGUUUGGUUAAAGUUGGAUUAGGGGGGCACAGGUGCGCGGUUGCUAUAAUACUGAAAUUGAUUUGUAUUUUUUUAAAAUUGUGAAAAGCUACUCUCUAGAGCGUUCACGACUUUCGUUUUUAGUUUAUAUAGUGAUGGAUAUUUCGGUUUGUAUCCUUCUGUGGACAGCGCAAACGUAUACGUUCAUUACGGAAUUAUAUCGUCACAACUCUUUUUUUUCGAUGAUCGCCCAAUUGGUGCAGGAAAAAAAGGAAAUUGCAUUUAUCGUUUUAGAGAGAAAGUAAAACGAAGAGAUUAGCGAAGAUGGAGGCAUCACGCAAAAUCUUCGCGUUGCACAUACAACUGUACGUUAAAUUUGAAAUUCGCCGUUUGGCAGGCGCUUGAGGCUAGGCAAACGAUUGCGAAAUUUGAUUAAGUACAGAAGAAUGUCCGGUGCGGUGUUAUAAAUCGAUAAAAGAUCCUGAUUAAACGGAUCUACCUAGAAAUAAUUUUAAGUACGUGAAACGCAUCUGUGACGGAAGAAAAACGCCCAAAAAGGAAAAGAGAUUGAGGUUGAUUUUCAUGGUUGCAUAAUAAUUGGAUGCAGACUGUAACUUGAAAAACUCGACAUGGAUAAUUUGCUGUUUUAUACAUUUAAUCAUUAAAAAGCUAAAGAUUGAUGUUCACGUGACCAGAGUACUCUCGCGUAGGUUCAUUUUCGUCUCAUUUCACUGCAGCCAUUGUUUUAUACGGGCUGGUUAUGGAGGUUUGAUCGAUUUUCUUAUGUUUUUUCGCAAUAUGUAAUGGAAACAAACCAUGGAUUUUACUAUCAGAACGGGUAGCUUCUGCAUAACUAGAAACUGAGAGUUUUUGGUGCGUGUAGAGUGCGAGCAGACUCUCCUUCAGUUUACAGCGAAGUCUUUCGCGCAAGUCAAAUAGGGAUAAUUGAUGCUGGGGCCUCAGAAUUCCGCGCUGCGCGCUGACAUUACUGAUUUUUAUUUUGACAAGCGCAACGGACUUUGCUAAAAAGCAGGGACUGCUCGUAAAAAAAUUAAAAAAAAAUUGAUACUAAGGCCUCAGAGUUGCGCGCUGAAUGCUGAUAUCGCUGACGCAAUUCGCCAAAAUGAAGGAACUGCACGUAAUUUAUGUUGUGUUGGCUUCAUUGCUAUAUUUAAUAAAUAUGUUUAGAUUCUUAACGAUUUUUUUUUUAUCUUUUCUUGAACAGGUUGCUCAAAUUUAUCGCGAUAGAAGUAUUGGCUGCGCUAUAAACAUUGUUGUGGUGAAAAUAGCCUACCUGGACACUAAGAACGUAUGGAUCUUGAAUUAAACCAAAUUUUUAACCCAUUUUAACACCAGUAGGCAUAUUGUCCACAUUGUUUUCUAUACAUUUCCCAAGGUGCUGACAAGUAGAAUAUGUUAAAUAAUCAAGAACUUCUUCUGUUAGUGAUCUUUCCUUCAUUUUCGUGACCUGAUGUUUGAUUUAGGAGUGAAAUUUAAAGGAUAAAUUGGGGGGUUUGAAGGUUAAAGACGCCAGUUGUAAUGUCCCGCGGCUUGCAUUUUGCACCGCGUAAAACUAUCACCAAUUGAGGGAAACCACAAAUAUAAACAUAGGAAGAUUAUAAAUAUUUUAUCAAGAGGAAAGAAGCAUUGAAGGAGCAGGAAUUAAAAUCUUUUAUAAGAAGAAAAAUUUGAAUUAUUUUAAUUUUAAAAAUUACAGCCUCUACAAUCAUUUCAUCGCUGUUACGAACCAUUGAAAAUUCAUAAUUGCAACUAAGUAGCGUGCAAAAUGGGAACUCACUUAAGAAGUGUUCUCACUCCCAAGAGUAACCAAGAUGGAAUUUCUUCUCCCGUUAUUCAUAUUUUUUCAAGAAAAUUUGAGAAGAAAGAACCGCCAGAGUUAAAACUAGCAGAAUUGUAUAAUCGAUUGGGUGGAAAAUUGAUAUUAAGUUUCUGGGAUUGAAAAAUAUUGAAAUGGCGACUGUGCCGUGGCGCUAAGGGCUGCUAAAAAAAAUUCGUGAGAGAUUGCAUAGAAAGCGAAGGAAACAGUGUACACAACAGGAAAACUCCGUAGAAGCAAUUUCCUGUUUUGUUUAAUCAGACCACAAAUACAGUGAAGAAUCCCGGAAGUUGAUCUUCCGUAAAGACGUCCGCAUUGGAAGUGAAUCGCAUGUUUCAUCUUGUUUGAAUUUAAGAACACGCACAGCUUAAAAUUUAGCCAAGCAACGAGAGCAGAUAAACUAGGGUUUCCAACGUUCAUGGAGGAAAAAGAUAAUUAAAAAAAGACUCUCUUAUUCAACUGGCUAGCCUAAGAAAUUGGCCAAAGUGGUAAGGUCUUUAUUACGAAUAAGUAUCGUUUCAUCUACAACAAGCGCAGAUGCUUCUAGUCACUACUUUCAAUGAAAAACGGGAUAAACUCCUCUAGUUAAUGACCAAAAAGUUUGAUAGGCUACUUACAAUGGCCAGAGGUGUUUGCAGUGUUCGUAAAUAAGUGAUUGUCUGUUUUAUUGAUUUCAGCCUGGUUUCCAUAUUUCGUCAGACGCAACGCGAACUCUGAAAAGUUUCUGCCGCUGGCAGAAGAAACAUAUGAUGUCAGAAGAGAGUCAGUCUCACCGCCACGAUACCGCCAUCUUGUUAACAAGGUAAAUUUUUUUGCCAAUAUUGGGGAUGUAUUUUGGUCAUUCUUGUUUGGAAAUGUGAGUUUCAAAUGCGCAAGAGCAUGUGCAGAUUUAGAGAAGGACAGAAAGAUUGUGCAUGCCAAAAAGUCGCGAACAGUUCCUUCACUCGGAGCAGUUGCGUUGGUAACAUGGAAACACACAAGCAUUCCUUGCUCUUCCGGAGUAAAAAUUUGGCUGGCACUAAGCGGAGUGAAUGAUGUACUGGUUUUGUCACAGGAAAACAAUGAUAUAACCUUUUAUCUAGUUAUGUCGGUACCAAGCGCCGAAGGACACAAAAGAGACGCGAUGGAAAGCGCUGUUAAACGCAAGCAGCAAGCUCCAAACAUCCAAAAACAAGUGUGGCUUGACAGAAACGCGAGAAGAGUCUAGAAAGUGAAGUGUAGAGAAAAAGUUAAAUAAGAGCAAGGGAAGCUCGAUUUACGAGAUGUUACAUGUCCUGGAGUUUAGAAGAACUUACAAGACACGAAACAAAAACUGUCUCAAUUAGCUUUAACAUUAUGUUUGUAUGAACUAGCUGUAGUAACGUUUCCUCAGCAGCUGAUUAACUCAUUGCUUUACUUUGUUUUUUUUGCAGGAGAGAUAUCUGCAGAUCGCCCGGAAAGUGUGACACAUUAGGUAAUCUGAACUUACGAAAUUUAAGAAAUCUCGCCAGUGACAAAUGAGCUCAUUUUCCUUUUAAGGAGUAUUAAGUAUUGGUGGUACACAGCGAUUUUGGUCGAAGUUGUCAGAUCACGGGAGUCAAACAGCCUUUUCCGCAGCUCGCGAGCAAGCCCUAAUUAUUAUCAUCAUUAUUAUUAUAUUUUUAUCGCUUUAAUUAUCUGGGCCUGUUCGCAGGCUUCUUUUUCCGCAGUCGACCAAAUUGUCCAUCAAUGAUAAAGUUGUGCUUAUCACAAUGUAUCUGUGGAGACAAUACCCCCUUAAUUUGUUGUUCUCUGUGUCAUCAUUCCUGACAAGGUGUACUGAUGUCUUUGUUAUUCCAGGUCUUGCAGAGCUUGGAACCAUGUGCCAAUCAUCAAGGAGUUGCUCCUUGGCAGAGGACAAUGGACUAAGCACAGCUUAUACAAUAGCACACGAACUGGGUCACGUGUAAGUUCACAUAUUUUUAAAGAGAAUUUAAAUUUAAGUGAGAACUUUCAGUCUGGAGGCUGAAACAACUCAUUGCUUAUGUUAUAACAUGCUUCUCAAACCUCUUGAGGGAAGAUGAGGUCAACACAGUAAAUGGUACAGAUCCAUGCUUCCUUAAAUUCAAGUACAUUCGAUACAGUUGAUACAUUUUCCGAUCAUGGAUAGCACCCUCCAUGCUGGCGAGAUGGUGUUGUCCUUCUCUAGCCUCCCCCUCUUCCUUCUCCUCCUUUGUUUCUUCUCCUUUUCCUCCUUCUCCUGCUUUUCCACCUCCCUUAGAGCCCCUUCUUUUUCUCCCUAUCUCCCCUUCAACUCUCCGCCACCCUUUCUUCUGCCUCUACCUGCGUUUCAUCUUUUCCUCCCCCUGUCUCUUUACUUUAAGUUCCCAUUCAUCUCAACCUAUCCACUUCCUCCUCUAAAGGUUUCGUUGUAUCAACUGAGUUGACCUCUGUUAACUUUACCUUUUCUUUCAAUACAUUAGAUUUAGUCUUCCUCAUGAUGGAGAUAACAACCUGUGUACACGGAGCAGGGGAGAUCAACAUCUGAUGGCCCCUUCAUUAAGCUUUGACUCCAAACCGUGGUCUUGGUCAAGCUGCAGCCGAGAAAAGAUCACAAGGUUCUUAGAGUAAGUAACAAAACUAGUUUCAGUUUAUUGCUUUAACAUGUCGGUUGCGACAAUAAAUGACUGUGGAUAUAUGAGAAUCAUAAAUGUGAACUGCGGAUUAGGAAAUAAAUCUAAGAGCGAUCUUCACAGUAAUGAAUACUUCUUGAGCAGUCCUGAAAGUAAGGCCUGGAAAAAAUUCAAGCCUGUACGGGAUUUGAACCCAUGACCUCUGCGAUACUGGAGCAGUACUCUACCAACUGAGCUAACUAGCCAACUCGGAGCUGGUCAUCAUGUUGGUCCGUAAUAAACCUGUGGCCCGUAAACCCGUGAGGUGUCUUCUGAAUAGUGAAGUUUCAUUGUUCUGUUUGCAGCUGUAACUUACUUACCUUGCAAUCGCCUCUGUUUCAGACAAGGGUAUGGAUCUUGCCUAGAAAAUAAGCCCAGUGAAAAAAAUAAAUCGAAGUACCAUGGCAGGCUGCCGGGAGAAAUUUACAGCGUGGACAAACAAUGCCAAAUGAUAUUUGGAGAGGAAUCCAGGCUGUGUCCAUAUAUGGUACGUAUUGUUGGCAAAAAAUUUCAACCUUCUGUAGGGAGUUUUCUCAAUAUUUUCCUGUGGAAAAUGUACGCAAGGCAAGGAUUUGCAAAGGAUAUUUAAGAUUUUGUUUGCGAGGCACUGCCUUAGCUUCUGUUCCACUUCAUUUUCUAUAAGGAACCUUGCAGACGCCUGUGGUGCGUCAAGAUGAUUGGGAAAAGAAAAGGCUGCUCCACUCAUCACAUGCCAUGGGCAGAUGGAACGCCGUGCGCAAAAAGGAAGGUAAAUUCUCCAAACUUACCGUCAUAGAUCUCUGUCUGUGUUAGUAUUGAGAGUUUGAUGUUCUAUCAUUGCAAUAUCACUUCUUUGAUAAUGAUCUUAAUUCUCACCAGCUGUCUACCUUACAACGCUUUGUUAGUAACUGAAAUGAGACGCUACAUGCUUAUCUAUUUUGGAGUCAAAAAAGUGUCUUCUCAAGCCUUAGAAACAAAUUUUGUCUUUUGUGUUCAACCCAAAAUGCUUAUUUCUUGUUUCUUCUCUCUUUCUUUUAUUCUGAAUCUUCCAUUAUGAAAAACGUUUCAAGGUUAUUUAAAAGUUUUGUUUCUCUUUUUGUUUUUCUUCUCUGUAUUGUAUCUCCAAUAUCUCGAAUUGACUGUUCCUAUCCAAAUUUUUUUCAAACUGUCGCUUUUCACAAACCGCUCUCAAAACGAAUGAGCUUUCUUAUUGCGAGUAAAAAGCUGUCCUUAAAUUUUUCCGAUUUGUAGCGGAUCUACUCAAAUAUAUUUAAGUUCGCAAAUCUGGACGUUGAUGACUCGUGACAGCUAAUUCGUUUUAAAAACAGUUGGCUUACGUGUUUACAGAAAUUUAACCCUUUGGAACGGAACACUUCCAGUUUCCCUCGUUUGUUAGUCCAUUCCACGUGCUUCUUUCCAAUUGAAACACACGCGCACCAUUGGUACUCUAACAAUUAACACGUUCCUUAAGUGACGUUUACCAAAUCGAAUCUGUCGAAACAUGCUGUCAUAAACUAAGCCUAAUUAUGAGAAGGCUGUAAUUAAGGAUCAUCGCUUACUUAACACAAUCAUCAAUCUGUGAACUUCCCGUAAACUUUGUACAUACCAACCAAUUUUUCGCGUGCGUUGGUUGUCUGAUGUUACCGGUCGUAUACGGAAUGUCCUGAUGAUUUUUUCUUGUUUAAAAAUAAUUUUUCAAAAAUACUUCGAUUUAAUUUCCCUUAAAUUAUUUUGACCAUGUCGAGAUAACUGCCGUUUUUGUGUGUGUUGUGCAAGACUAUCUAGCCUUAGAUGGGGAAAAAAAAGUGAUAUAUGAGUUCGGAGGAAUAAGCAACUGCAAAACUAUUAAUUUCAUCAAGAGAGAUUAAGAAUGGCUUGGGAUGGUGAAGAUAGCUACAGACCGCGCACGACCUUCUCAAGAUUCGCAAAUAGGGGUCGCUUAUUUACUGUUAAGUUUGUGAUAGACGAAGGUUCUGACAAAACAGCUUUCUGUUAUCAAAUAACAAUUUUAGACAUUUUCUCAAAUUUCUGCAGAUCUUACUAGAUCUUUGUAAAUGAUAUGUUCCUUUAUCAAUUUAUCAUCAGAUACUCGUGUUUGAGAUAUUUCCUCUUCUACGUUUUGACUUUCACUAGGUGCCAACUUGUUUUCUUCAACUUAAUUUACCUGUUAAUAUUUAAAUACUGUUGUUUGUUUGUCAUCGCUCUCUACGAAUGAAAUGUUCGCAUAUCGUUAAUCCCUCAGAAUAUUUCCGAUUUUAUUUUAGAGUGAAAAACCACAAGGGUGUUGACUGUAUUGAAUACACCAAUUCACUCAGAAAACAUAUCAGUCGUUCGGACACUUUUCCUAUGCUCUCAAGAUCUGAGCAUAUCCUCUUGUCUGAAGAUGGUAUUUCAGUUGUAUUAAAGAUAAUCCUAUUAAACGAAGACCUUUCAAAAUAAAUCUCUUAAUCAAUAACAAAUUGAUACCUCUUCAAUCUUUUAAAAACGAUAUUUUAAACUUGUAUCUACAUUGUGCAAACUUUGGGACAACCACUGUUACUUGAACCAAAAGCUGUUUUCGUUGGCUGCAAGUAGUUUACAAACAUCUCAUAUCCUUUUUAAACUGUACGUUUUCAAUGUUGCCCACAUAACAGGGUCGUAGGUCAAACUCAUAAGCCGAUUAAGUUUAAUAUUUGUUGUGUUUUUAAUUCCAAUCACUCACCCCCAAUUUUUUUGCAUUCUCGAGUGACAUAGUUACCAUAUGUCACACUUCUUCCUAAAUUACAGCGGAUACAAAUUCUUUCAUGUCAAACACGUUCAUAUUUAACCAGGAGAAAAUAAUAAACCCAUUAUUUUCUCUUGGUGUAACAUAAUAUACAACGAGACGGAUGUUUCGCAGGGAAAGUUGUCUUCUAAUUAGGCCAAUUAGAUGGCGGCAGUUUGUUCCUUACUUGGAAGUACUGCGCAAAAACUUCUCGUUACUUAUAAUGACUUAAAGGAAGUUCCUAUCAUACUCUUUGUUGGAACAUCUAAGCCCCCUGCUAUGUAAGCAGAAUUACGGCAAUAAAAAAUGUUUAUUCAGUUUUAGUACACCAGAUUUCUUAGUCUAGAAAGUUCUAACGUAGUUACCAAGGCAACGUGCAAUACUAGUCUAUGCACACUAAAAAGGACACCAGAGUUUUGCACAAAGAUUAAUAGUGCCUCGCCCCUUCCCUCUCUCGUGAAAUUUGUGAUUUUGCAGCAAGCCAACUUCUUUUUCAGAUCUCUUUUGUUAUUUUAUAAUCUUUAGAUUGCUUCUAUCACGAGCGGUUUUCACGGUGAUAUUCCCGUUAACAACCACCACACAAAAAGUCGAAUCGCUUCACGCUUUAAGAAUCACUGAACUUUCUUCAAUCGACCCUCAUCACGGGAUUACACCUUAUACAUUUUAACACUUCACAACCUUUUCCAACAAAAAUAAUUACUUGUAUCAUAAAGUCGUUGACAAUUAAGUACUAGGUUCAUUAGAGAAGAAACCGUCUUCCUUUAAAUUUUUCCAUAACGAGGGUGUAGAAUUAAGCGAGCUAUCUUUAACUCUUCACUCGAGGUAGACCAAGGAAGAAGCUUGACUACUUAAAUGGAAUUUAUCAAAAAUAAUUGUUAAUUAAAAUUUCUUACUUAACUGACCAGUAUCAACAACAGUCAUUCGACAACAAGUUAAGGUUAAUGUUGGGUUAGGGGAGGGAUAGGUGAGCAGUUGCCCAGAUAUUGAUAUAGAUCCAGAUCAGCUACAUAGGACACUUCAAUUGCUGAUGUGAAGUUUUUUUUUUAACUUACUCAGUGGUGCAUCAAAGGUCAGUGUGUGAGGAAACGAAAAUUAAAACCAGUAGACGGUGGCUGGGGACCAUGGGAUUCUUUCAAUGAAUGCACAAGAAAAUGUGGAGGAGGGAUUUCCUUCGCAUACAGAAAGUGUAACAAACCAAUGUAAGUACCCAAAUAAUUUCUUCAUCUAAUCACGAAACUGCUGUCAAGCCAUUCAGGUUAGUUACUUAUGUCACGCGCAUUUUCUAUUAGCGAUAAGCGAACGCCGAUGUUCACUUUGCUCGUAACAGAAAGAGAAAUAGGACUUUAGCUUGGAACAUAAUUCUUGCCCUGUUAUGCAGUUCAAGAAUGUUUUGAUCUUUCAAAACUACUUGUUAUCAAAGGACAAUGGACCUUUAUCUUAUUUUUCAGCCCAGAAAAUGGAGGUAAAUACUGCGUUGGAAAACGAAAACGUUUUGUGUCAUGCAACACUCAGGUAAGAAUGUUGUAAUGUGAUUUAUUUCAUUGAAUGUUUCCACUUUUCGUUCUUGCCUUGUGCCCGUCAGCUUAAUGCAAGUGUUGUUGGGUUGUUAUAUUGGCAGGAAUGUCCACCAGGGUCACCGGAUUUCCGAGCCUUGCAAUGUGUGAAUACGCAUGGGCGACGUCUGAGUAUUGGGUCGAGGAGUUUCAGAUCGACUCAGUGGCUGCCAAAAUAUGCUGGAGGUAAGUGAGAACUUCACGUUAAGUUUAUGAAGUUUCUAAUUGUACUGGUUCUUUUCUAACUGGCUAUAUGUGUUGUCCUGAUACAGUUCGCAAAGAAAAUCAAUGCAAGCUGUACUGCCGCAUGGCUGGCACUGCAAUUUAUUUCAAACUGAAGGACAAAGUUAUUGAUGGGACCCCUUGUAAUCAAGAGACCACAGACAUCUGCGUGGAUGGCAAAUGUUUGGUAAGUUACACAUUUUACAAAAAUGUGAUAUACGAGUCAACGACGACUUCACAACGACGAAAUAAACGAUUUCAUUGUGACGAAGACGACGAGAGCGUAUCGAACAUGACGACGACAAAUAAAUACAGAAAAGACGAUACGACGAAGAGGAAAACGACGAGAGCAUAACGACAAACGAUGAUCAAUACGAAAGUGCCUCGGUAACGACGACAAGACGGCAUGACAACGAAACGAUAAGACUAUGAAGAAUACAAGAACACGUUUUUAUAAUGACGACGACGACGACGACUUCAAGACUAUAAAGACGACAACAUGGCGAUGAAAACAAUGAAAUGAGAAAGAAAACAAAUUCUCCAGUAGCCCUGCGUCAUAUGAGAACUCUGCUUUGCUUGUAGGCUGCUGGUUGUGACAGAGAUCUGAGCUCAAAGAAAAAAUUUGAUAAAUGUGGAGUGUGCGGAGGAGACAAUUCCUCUUGCAGGAGAUUGUCCAGGACAUUCAACGAGACAAGGUUUGGUAAGGGUUAGCGGAAUGUACUUGUGGAUUAGAUCUCGGUCCCUUCCACCCCAUUUAUUUGUAUUUGAAUCCGCGAGGAUAAAAAGCUUUAGACAGAGAAAACAACUCUUUUUAUCCCUUAAGAUUAAGUGAGAAAGUCACGUGAUUAAGGCACCCAGGCGCGAUUGACAUGACACAUUUUCUUACAAUAUCAAUACGUUGUCCAAAGGGUAGGUGAGAAAUCUGACAAACUCGCCAGUCGGACGCUUUCGUUUUUACACAAUACCAAUUCUCUUCAAUUCUUAACAAGAGUAUGUGCGUCAACUGUAAGGUAGGAUUGCAAUUCAUAGAAUCAUUGUCGAAGCUUCCACCCCCAAAAAAGACGAGCUGACUUGAAUUUACUAUAGAAAAAAGUGAAUGAUCACUUUCAUUUGGCCUUAUUUACAGGAUACAAUUACAUAUUUACGAUACCUGUUGCCUCGACGGACAUAGUCAUCACUCAGUAUGGUUGGAAAAAUAAAGAGGAUUCUAGCUAUCUAGGUUAGUAUUUCUUUUUAGAGUCAAUUCCAGUGUCUUAUUUUUUUUAUUCGCUCGUUUAUCCUCGUUCUAAUACUUAUAUGUUGAAUUAACGCUCUCUUGAUAAUUCAUAUGGUAAGCGGGAAAUGAGACUUUUGAACUAGGACUUGGAAUAGUUUAGCGUAGGAGGUUUUGCGUGAUGUUAACGAAAUCUCUGUCCUGGAUCUCUCGUUAUGAGCGGAGUCUCAGGUUUUUCGGACUUCAGGUUUUUUAAAUAAAAAGUUUAGUUAAACGAAAAGGGAAUGGUGUUUAUCCGUAAACUUUCAAAGUGCGGGCAUCCUAGUUAAAUGGAAUCUGGUUAUACCAGCCAACGGCCCAAAUUUUUCUCGCUUCACCUAAUUUGCUGUCGGUGGGAGUCGAUGUACGCUUCAUGCAACUGUCCUAAAGUCCUCUCCGUUCCAUAUUUUCAGCACUUCAGGAUCAAAAUGGUAAGUUCCUUCUCAACGGAGGAAUGAUUGUGGGGGUCGGAAUAAGAGAAUUCCGUGUCGCUGGCGCAAAGGUCUGGUACUCAGGUUCUGAAAAAGCGACAGAACAAAUCAAGAUUUCAGGAAAAGUUACUGAACCAAUCAAAGUGCACGUGAGUAUACAGUGCAGCCUAUCAAAUGGUGUCGUUUGAAUAGCAACGUCACGUGUCCAUGUAAAAGUGAUAAGCGAGGGCGUAAUUUACUCCCGGUGCAACUGAAUUAGGAAACAUCUCGUCGACUCUGGUUUAGUCUCUUUACAAACUAGUUUUUUUUUUUUAACAACGUGAGGUAGCGCCCGAAAUAUUGACCAACAGCGGAUACAGAGCGGUAGAAAUGGAAAAGAAAUAAACAAAUUGUAAGAAAAAGGUUCAGUGAACUGACUUGUAAAGUCCCUUUCCCGUCUCAGUUGUUCUGGACCAGAGAACUCAAUCGUUUCGUUUUGUAAAUCUUCAAGAUUCCCUUUCUCUUGGCUAUUUAUGAGUUGAUCCAAAGGCUUCUUUGAUUUCACAGGUUCUUGAAGUUGGUGACGUAUUACCUCCCAACAUCCACUACUCAUUCAAUCAAAAGAUAGCGGAACCAAGAAAGCUUGUAUACAUGUGGAGCCAGCUUGGACCUUGGACGCAGUGUAAUAAACUAUGCCGAGGUGGGACGAAUAUUCCCGCGUGACUUGUCCCAUAAAGCCUAACACUGGCCACGCAGCCUCUGUCACACAACACUUGCCUGACAAAAUUUACCACUCUACACUCCCCACGACACACCAUCUUAGCGUUAUGAAGGAAUGAAUCAGGAGGCACCUAGUCCAGGCCAGGGAUGUGUCAAUUGCACUCACUAAGUUCUAGUCAUUUAUAGAAACUUUCUCGAAGUGAGGUGCGCUUUCCAAUGUGACACCAUGGUGUCACUUUGAUCCUUGAUUAAGAAUCAUGGUGCGCAUGUCUGGAAAACUAAAAAUAGUACAUUAACUAUGUUCUCAUGCUUAAACGCGUUCCUCAUUUCUUAUGAAAUUCUGUUUAUUUUUUACCAGGAAAAAGAAACCGCCAACCCAGAUGUAUUCGUGCUAUUGACAAACAACAAGUGUCAAAUUCCCGCUGUGAUCAGAGGACUCGUCCGAGCAGUGUAUCAGAGCCCUGCAAUUUAAGUUGCGUACUCGAGUAAGUAAUGCAAUUGUUUCAAUACUUUUGGUGGGUAAAAGGCUUAAUUUCAGUUCUUAAGUUACUUUUACUAUAAACUGAAAGGAUAAGUAAAUAACUUUCCGUCAGGCACACAUACAGAUGCACAGACAGACAGACAGACAGACAAACAGACAGACAGACAGACAGACAAACAGACAGACAGACAAACAAACAGACAGACAGACAGACAGACAGAUAGACAGACAGACAGAAAUACAGACAGACAGACAGACAGACUAACAAACAGACGGACAGAGAGACGGACGGUAUAAGAUAAUGUCUAACUGAUUGACUGUAUGAUCAACAGACGGACUGAGAUAGUAGGACUGAGGGAUAUACAGAACAAAAGACUGGUUCACAUCGUGAAUGCCUGACAGUCUGACGAGAGAGACAAUGACUACCAAACAGACGGACAAACAGAACAAUAAAUUGAAUGAUUUAUGCUUUAGUAGCUUUAGAGGACAAAUUGUAAAUGACACAAAAAGAAAGUUGGUUUGUUUCUUAAAUUUGCAGAUGGAAAAUACAGAGCUCAGGAGAGUGCUCUGCCCGCUGUGGGGCUGGGGACCAGACACGUAUCGUACGGUGCAUGCGUAUUAGCAGUGACCGAUGGGAUAUUGUGAAGGACAAACAUUGUGCAAAAGGUUCAAAGCCUGCCGUGGUUGUUCAGUGCGAGGGAAAGUGCGAGGGAACCAAGUGGGUCUACUCUGAGUGGUCCAAGGUAUUUAAACUGGGGUACAGAUAGCACACGAGUUCUGACUGAUAGAGAAAAAUGCGUUAUAAAAAUUAGCAAGGAAGCUUUUUAAACAAUUCUUCAUUUAUUUAUUUGACUCCUUCAGGAUGCAUUUGACUUCCUUGGUGUUUAUUUGACCUCUUCAGGUUGCAUUUGACUACCCUCAGGUGCCUUUGUCUCCUCCAGAGUGCAUUUCACCUCCUUGGGCAUACAUUCGGACCCCCCUUAGGUGCAUUCUAUUCUUUUUAGCGUAAAUUCUACUUCCCACUAAGGUGACUCCUUCUCCCCUCUCCGUCUCAGGACAAUAAAAUAACCUGCCAGGUGUCAGCAUGGCGCAAGGAAACGUUUCCCCACUAUAACGAUUCCUACUCUCCCACCAAUUAAUGAAAACUAGUGUCCAUUUGUUUUUUUGUUUUGUUUUUGUUUUUGUUUUUUCAGUGCUCAAAGAGUUGUGGUAAAGGAAGACAAAACAGAACGGCAGAAUGUAUGGACAAUUUUGGAGAAAAACUUGAGGAUCGAGAUUGUCGCCCAAGUGACAAACUUUCACUUAAUAGACACUGCAAUACUUUUAAGUGCCCGUGGUGGACAAAAGGAAACUGGACCUCGGUAAUUAAAAAGAGUUCUUGUUUACAUUCUCGAUUGCUUUAUCCCAUGGAUUUAAAACCAUACUUGUCUGUUUAUCCUUUUGCGUGUUUGUCAGGCUAUCUGUAUCUCUUUCUGUUUUGUCGGUCUAUCUUCCUGUCUUCCUGAUUAUCUGUCUGUCUGUCGACCUCUAUGUCUGAUUGUCUCUCUUUUUGUUUGUCCGUUUUACUGUCUGUCUAUAUGUUCAUUGUCCAACCUCUGCUAAGAAUCUUUUCCUAAAAGCAGACACUCGUCUACAGCAGACAAUUUGUCUGACACUGAUUGGGGCCUAACUACUUACAGCCUGCAUGGGAAUACUGCCAAUCUUCCCUUAAAUAGUACAAUUUGUAGACUGUUUAGUCAGCUAUGCUUGAAAUCAAUCAGCCAAACCUAAGUUUACGUUUGUGAAAAAUCGUCUUGCAGGGGUCCAGUACAGACUAUCUCCCGGGGGGGUACCUUCAAUAUAUGAGUGAAGGGACACCAGGAGUUGAUGACAUUGUAAAUGAUCGCAGUAAUAUGGUUAAAACAAACAAUCGCUCUUGAAACCUUCCGCUCACAGUGUUAGCAUCAUACCCCAUUGUCUCCCGUCCCAUUGCUUGACCAUUGCAAUACCUUGCCUCCUCUUCCCAGCAUCAAAUUCCAACAAAUGAGCAUCUCAUUCAUUAUUUUCCUCUCCCAGUGUAGUGUGACCUGUGGCUCGGGACAGCGCACCCGUCAUGUGACAUGUACUGGUGAAAAAGGAACAGUUAUGGACACAGCCUGUAAUCUGAGUCAGCGGCCAGUCUCGACAAAGUCAUGUGACCUCAAAAAGUGUCCGUACUGGUUUGCGGGGAAAUGGACGGACGUAAGUUAAUUUGAAGUCACUUUGUCUUUGAUUAACUUUUUAUUUUAAGUGGAAAUGAUCACCAAUUUCAGAAGCACCUGACUGUCAUAGAAAUUCUCCUUGUCCUUACUGAUCACAGGGAAUUUUUAGAAAUCAGCGUGGAGAGUAUGAAUGUUGUGGUGAGGGUGUAAAAACUUAAUCUCGUAGCCGUCUUCCUGAUCUUGUUUAUCGUUUCCAGUGCUCUAAGACGUGCGACGCAGGUUUUAUGACCCGGCGCGUCCUUUGUCAGUCGGGGGAACCCGUCCCUCGAGUGUUGGAUGACAUCCAAUGCUCCCCCCUGGCCAGACCAAUCUCCCGCAAAGAAUGUAAAAGGGAAGACUGCAGAACGAUGCUGUUCAUGUUUCCAGAAUCAGGCGAAAACACGAAGUAUUAUUGGAGAUAUUCGUUAUGGACGCCGGUAAGUUUCAAUAAGUGCAUACAGUAUAACAUUACUGUUGUUUUUACUUCGUUAAGCAAUAAAAAGCCAGUGACCAGCGGUCUGCGGCCUGCGAGCACGCUCUCGUGUUUGGAUUUUGUCGUACGGCCCCUUUUCGGGCAGCCGCUAUUGGAUAAACUUGUUGAAGUCCUCGUUAAGUUGUUUGAGUGGUUGGUUAAUUGUUCUACAUCUUCCUCCCUUGUUUUUUUCUUUUUUCGCGUUUUAUCGGAUAUUUUUCUUUCACCUUUUUUUAGGAGUUAAUUUCUUGCUGUCGUCGUUGAUAUUGUUGCUAAUUUUAUGAAAUGUUUUUCUCUAGUGUUCUGCGACAUGCGGAGAGAAGCCUGGGACACGCUAUCGUGAUGUUGAAUGCGUGAAGGUGAAGCCUGGGUACGAGACUGCUGUCGAAAAGCAGGAGUUGGUCAAUAAAAAGUAUUGUGAAGAAAAAAAGAAACCCGCUAACAGAGAAGAAUGCAAAGUCCUACCAUGCACAAGCUGGAAACACGGGUCCUGGGGCAGAGUAAGGAUCUUUUUGCCUCCUACCUUCUUUGCUUGAAUUUUUUUUCAAUACAAUUUUUUACGAUUCAUUUUCAAGUUCCAUGUCAAAGAUCACACACUCAAGUUUCUUUAACAGAAAAAAAGUUCCUCCAAAAUGAUGCAUUGAGAAUUAUUUCUAACGAGAUCGAAGUUGUUAAGAGAUGCGAUGAAGUCUCAAAUGUUUGGAAAAUUUUAUCAAAGGAAAAAAGAAAGAAAAGAAGUUUUUCUCAUUAAAACAUUAAAACAAAAUCUUCAAGUCUCAGAGACGGUUAUGUUGUCUCACAUAAUAAAUUAAUAUAUUUUACCUACUAUCAACAAAUACCCCGAGAAACCAUGAAAUUAUGAUUACUAUUCUUAGGAGGUAACCAUGGUUACUAUUCUCAGGGUAGUCAUAGUUACUAUUCUCAGGGUAACCAUGGUAACAGGCGAUGGUCAAACAUGCCUCCUCGGAGUAAUAGAAACGGUUCUAGUAGCCCCACGCUGCUGAAACCAGGAUAAGUUCCAGAUUUGUUUGCUUCAAUAGGUUUGCCUUCAGAUUUUAUCUAAUCUUUGUUCAAUUGCAGUGCUCUCAGCCUUGUGGCUGGGGUUUUCAGCUUCGUGUAGUCAAGUGCACAUAUGACAACUGGAAAAUAACAAAAGACGAAAAUUGCGAUCAAAAAAUCCGCCCAAAGAACAGGAGAGAUUGUCAGAUCAACCCGUGUAAAUCAACUACGCCAGCUCCGACGACUCCGCAAGAAAAACCGAGUUGGAAGGAAGGAACGUGGAGCGAGGUAAAAUUGAUUCUUUUUUAACAUAACUUGUUUCUGCGUCGAAUCAUACCUGUUUGUUUUCAAUUCUUAUUUAAUACCUUUAACUCCCAUGAGUGACCAAGACAGAAUUUCUCCUGACAAUAUCAUUACAAUAUCAAGCAGUCAAGUGAUGAGAACAAAGAAAAAUAUCAACUAGGGGAUAAUCAGUUGAUCCAAUACCAAAUGCUCCGAACUAGCAUCACAAGAUUUAUAUGUCAGACAGUAAGGAGAAUUACUAAUGAGAUCGUGGGAGUUGAAGGAUUAAAAGGAUUACCUCCGGUCACUUCAAUCUAGAUUAGUUUGUUCCUUUCAGUGUUCUGUCACGUGUGGUCAAGGUGAAAGACAUCGGGAAAUCAGCUGUAGUCAUGACAACGGUCAGAUCAGCAGCGACUGCGAUCCUAACUCCAAACCAGCCAGCGUUAUGGAAUGCGUUUUACGAGCAUGCCCCGUAUGGCACGAAGAACCAUGGAGUGAGGUACGUAGUGAAGGCUUAUUUUGGAAGGAGAACGUUUGAAACUUUCUUUUACCUGUCGUGCUUAGAAUGGAAGAUUACAGUGUAAAAUCGAACCUCGUAUAGAGCAAUACAUCCACUUUUCUUCUCUGCAGUGUUCAGUCUCCUGCGGUGAAGGCACCAGACAACGAAGUGUUGAUUGUAGAUUCGCAAAUGGCCAGUUAAGCCUCGGAUGUGACAAGAAAAAGAGACCCACGACUAAAGAGGCCUGCAACAUAAGACCGUGUCCUACAUGGAUGACAGGGGACUGGGGCAGUGUAAGUUAUCCCUCUGGCGCAAUUUCUCAACAUAUAAACCUAGUCAUGAGCGAGAUUCUAUGUGCUUAUUAAACAAGCGGGAGGGAUUCAUGGGAAAAAGUUAGGCCUGAGGUAACCGUAUGACGAGCAUCGUCCGUUCCCAACCAAACUCAAGCAAGAAGAAAUUUCAUCAAAUGCCAAUAUAUCUUCUGAAUGUUGAGUUUAUGUUUGAGUCUAAAAAGGACGCGUUGAAAUACAUGAGAAGGGCAUGCGCUGGAUAACUACACAAAAUAUUCUUAUUAAAUAUUUUCCUUUUUUUCCUUUGCUUUAAAAUAAGAAACUUACAAUUCAUCGAAAACGCGAUUUUCUUUUUAAGUUUACUUGCACUAUAAGAAUUCAUGUUCUCGGGGCCAGACGGCUUUCUCCGGACUGAUUCACGUCAACUGGUCCUUACACAAGUGAGCUUACAUUAUGAUGUCAUUGUUCUAUCGAGUCGCAUAGAGCGUGGCCUUACGGGUCUUAUGAAAAGAAACAUUUUAUUUCACAGUGUUCAGUAACUUGUGGGGCAGGAACUAAAGCUCGUUCCGUGGAGUGCAGUGACAGAGAUAUCAAAUGUGAUCCCGGAACAAAACCCGAAACCAUUAGCAAUUGUGAUCUAAAAGAGUGUCCGCAAUGGAUAGCAAGCCCAUGGGAAGAGGUAUUCUCACUCUCUCACAAUACUUUUUGACUUGAAAGAAAUUUUAAUAAAUUUUAAUUUAAAUUUUUAAGGAUUAUUUUUACUUUGUGAAAUUUCACACGAUUAUCUUUUUAGAAAUAGAACACACUGUAAAAUGAAUCCUUACUAUUCGAACAACGGGGUUUAAUUAAAGAAAGCCAUACGGCGAAAUGAAUACAUUUUCUAUACUUUUAAUGGUGUACUUAGAAGUAACAGUUGAUCUAUGUUAUUUUGUUUACGUAAGUGUUCCGUUUCUUGCGGACAAGGCAUAAGAAAACGUCAAGUUGAUUGCAAAUCUGCGGAUGGACAACGGAGUCUUGGAUGUGAUCUGAAAAUCAAACCUGCAGUCAAAGAGGGCUGCAACAUUAGACCGUGUCCCUCGUGGAUGACUGGGGCCUGGGGCAAAGUAAGAAUUGUAUCUGGAUCUUUCAAUCAUUUAAUUCAAUUUUUUUAAAGGGCUUCAAAUACACAUUUAUGGCAUCAGUCGCUGAUUUCUUUUUCUUGUCCUUCAGUGUUCAGUGACUUGUGGUUCAGGAGUAAAGGUACGCACAGUUGAAUGCAGUGAUAAAGAUGUACCGUGCGAUGCUAAAACAAAACCGCUGGCCAAGGAGCGCUGUGUUCUUAGGGCAUGCCCACAGUGGAUCACAAGCCCCUGGGAAGAGGUAACUGUAUACAUGCACAUACUUUUCAUUCAAAGGCUUAACAUAUUACGUAUGUAGAUAUUUUGCGAGGUGCAUUGUAUUUUCCAAGUACAAAGGCUCCAAAACAAGUCAUUUUCGUUUCAUUUUUCCUCUUUUCUGUUUGUACUUUUGACGAGGGUAGACGUAUUUCUUUUUCUUUAGUGCUCAGUCUCCUGCGGUGAAGGCACAAGGCAACGCAGUGUUAAGUGUAGACUGGAGACCGGACAAUUGAGUCCCGGAUGUGACGAAAGAAUCAGACCAUCUGCCAAAGAGGCCUGCAACAUUAGGCCAUGCCCUACAUGGAUGACGGGAGAAUGGGGCAAAGUGAGUGGUCUUAGUGGACUUAAAUUUAAAGAAUUCUAGAGUAUUCUAGACAAAUUGAGUGAGUGAACCACUUAAGCGCUAUUUUUUCUCUUCUUUGGUAGUGUUCAGUAACUUGUGGCUCUGGAAUGAAUUUUCGCUCAGUUGAAUGCAGUGACGAAGACAUACAAUGUGAUAUCAGAACGAAACCACGGAACACACAACGAUGUGAUCUUCGGGCGUGUCCACGAUGGAUCACUGGUCAAUGGGGGCAGGCAAGACAGAAUUUGCUUAUCAUAUAUCGUUUUUUGUCAAAAAUAUCAAAUUGAAUGUACGAGGCAUUGAAGGGAAUCUUCCAAAUAGAAGGCUCUCAACUAAUUGCUGGAAAAUAGAGGAAAUGGUUUUAGAAACUACAAAAGGAAGAGGGAACCUCCACUUUCUGUAUAUCUUUCCUUCAAGACCUAACAAGAUACGUGUUGACUUCAGUAUUCUAACUUAUUCCCGGAAACAAUGAAAAGCCAUUUACUAUCAUAGAAAUAGGAGUAGGUGGUGAUAUAGAGUCCAGUUUUUAUCAGAUGACCUCAUCAAAUAUUUUGGAUAAGCUGAUACAAUUCUUUUUUGCAAACAGUCUGCUAUUUUCCUCUCUUUAUCGUGUUUAGAUAGAAUCACACAAUCUAAUGUAUGUCGCUGAUGUAAGGGACUUUUCUUCUUUCCUUUUACAGUGCUCGGUAACUUGUGGAUCAGGGACCAAAAUGCGUUCAGUGGAAUGCAGCGAUAAAGACAUCAGCUGUGAUUCUGAAACGAAGCCGUUGACGACUGAGCGAUGCGAUCUUAAAGCUUGUCCGCGGUGGAAUGCAGGGCUAUGGGGAGAGGUGAGACCAAAUUUACGUAACACAGCAGUUAAACGCAAGAGGAUCAAUUCGACCGGCCGUGCGCCAAUUUCCCGCCACAGAACUCUGGGAAAAACCGCUGACACAGAAAAUAUGCGAGGAAAAAUAAAAAGGUCGCCAAAAUCUAUAUAAGGAUACAAAAGUAGGGAAAAAAAUGAAAACUCGAAGCUUUUCGACUUUCCCUGGCUGUCGAUUUACGAUUUUCUUUCUAACUUUAUCAAAAAAAGCUGUUAGCUUCUUAAACAACUUGACAUAUUGCUUUGUUUAGUUGUCUAAAGCUCUUGUAAAAUAACUUAGCGCUGACGUCCUAGAAACACACCACUAGGCUACUACAACGUUCGCUCAUGCUCACAUGUGGUCCACUUUCUUAAUUUAUGCCCCACGUAGAGCAAAACUAUUAUGCAUUGCAUUAGAUGAAAUUCCAAACUGGCGCGCUCUCUCUUUCUUUCUUGUAGUGUUCAGUCUCCUGCGGAAAUGGUACAAGGCUGAGAACUGUGGAUUGUAGAUUACUAAAUGGUCGUUUAAGUCCCGGAUGUGACAAGGAAAAUCAACCCUCAGCUAAAGAGGCAUGUAACAUCAGACCGUGUCCUACAUGGAUGACGGGAGAAUGGGGCCGAGUAAGUACUCCUUUUACAAUCGUUUUCUGCGCAAAUUUUACCUCUGUAUGUGGUUGGAUAUUAAUAAAUUUUCUUUCGUUCUUCUGAUGGAUAUCAAGUGCUCUGUGACAUGUGGCUUAGGAGUGAAGACUCGCUCAGUAGAAUGCAGUGACAUAGACAUACCAUGCGAUGUUUUAACGAAACCAGACACUUCAAAGAGAUGUGAUCUUGCUAAAUGUCCACAAUGGGAGGCGGGUCCAUGGGGAGAGGUAUGUAACACAAAAAACUGCAGAAAAAAAAGGGGGGGAAGCAUCCAGUCACAACUCUACCACAGAAACUCGCGUCUGGUAACCCAACAGCUUUGUCGUGUAUCCUUCACGUAGAAUAUCAAAGCUAAGCCCGCAAAGUCCAUAACUCGAGUCACAAAAAUUUUGCAAAACAAAACAAUCAGUCCGUGCAACGUGCUUGCAUCAAUUGUAUGGCAGACAGUGAGGAGAAUUAAAUUACUAAUUACAUCUUGAGAGCAAUAGGGCUAACUAAUUAGAAGCUGACUAAAACCAAUUCCGACUUGGGUUCUUCAAGCAAACUGCUUUCACUUGUUCAGGUUCUUGUCACCACCCUUUCAUUGUUUGAUGUUCUAUUUUUUACGAUUUUCUUCAUCCUUCUUUUAUCAUUAUUUAACCCUCUGACCCCUAAGAGUGAUCAGCGUCCAAUAUCUCCUUACAAUAUCACUCCUGAAUCAAACAUUAAGGUCACGAAAAUAAAGGCAAUAAUUUCCAACAAGAGAAGCUCUUGAUUGUUGAGCAAAUUCACCUAUUCAGCUUCUUAAGAAAUGUAUAGAGAACAGUAUGGAGAAUAUGUAAGCUGAUGUUAGAGUUUAAAGGGUAAUACUGUUCUUUUUUCAGUGCUCAGUGACGUGCGGUUCAGGAGUUAAAAGUCGGAACGUGGCUUGCGUUGGAAUCAGUUCCAAUUGUAACACAAGAACCAAACCACGCUCUACCUUGAGGUGUAACAACUUCUCUUGUCCGAAAUGGAGAACAGGAUUGUGGAGUAAGGUAUAAAUGAAUGCCUUUGUGGCGAACGCACCGAUUUAUUUUCAAAUUUUAAUUGCUUAACCAGUUUUUCUGAAAUCAAGGAAGAGAUGAUUCAGAUAACAGUAAUUUACAAUGAUAACAAACAAGGUAAAUGAAAUCGAACGAAAAAAGGACAGAAAUAAUCUAGCUGGCGGCUAACAUACUAAUACAAAACGAUUUAGGGACACUAAAGGAGAAAUCGCGUCACUCAUCCAACCAAUCAGAUGCAAAACUAAAAAUCAAGAAGGACCAGGUCACCUUCGUUUACCAGCGCUGUUGGCAGUUUGGUUGUCAAGUUACUUUGAGUUUUCAGUGCCUUUUGAACUUAGUAAUUCUUUCCUGAGUGGCCGUUGUCAUUACCUUGGUUAUUGAAAAGCACUCCAAGAUAAGAACUAAGUAAGUCAUUGAAAGCUGGCACAAGCUUGUUGAUAACUGUAAGCAUGUUUUACUACUGAUUAUUGAAGUGUUGACCUAGUAAUGUCUUUUGACCCCUCUCAUGUGACUGAUUUUUAGUGCUCAAAGUCUUGUGGGAAGGGAACUAAGACACGCAAAGUGGAUUGUGUCGGAGGCCUGGACCAUCAAUGUGAUCCCACGAGCAAACCGGCUUCAACGGCCGAAUGUGAUCAUGGGCGCUGCUCAAAAUGGAGUGUUGGAGAAUGGCAAAAGGUAAUUAAUUGUCAGUAAUUAUCACUUGCUGUAGUAGUCAUUGUUGUUACUGGUUUUAUUUCGAUGCUGUUGUUGUUUUUGUUUUUGAUAGUAGUGGUUGUUGUUAAUUUUUUUGCCACGUUUUCGUCGUUGUCGGUUUUAUUGUCGUUGUUGCUGUUGUUUUGAGCUUUGUUGUUAAAGUUGCCGUUAUUGUUGUCGUUGUUAUUUUCAAAGCUGUCAUUCACGCUGCAAGGAUGGUCACGGAAUUGUUCCAUCGAGGGUUCCAAACUUUGAUUCAGAUAACGCAAAAACCUUUUUUUCUCUUUUACACUUAAGUAUAAAUAAUGUAAGAAAUAAUUCAAGAUUAAGAUUGAGAUCAACUUAAUUUAUGAUUAUUACCUUGAGUUUACCAUUGAUGGCGACUUAAAUCAGUGAGACUGACGGCUUUUAUUCAUCUGUCAAGUAACCACGAUGAACAAACACACCUUUUAUAUCAAGGAAUCCUAUAAAGGAAAAAAUCGUUCUUGUUUAUUGUUUCUAGUGCUCUGUGACUUGUGGUCGAGGCUGGCAAUUUCGUAAAGUGGUAUGUGUUGGAAGCAGUAUACGGUCAUGUGACUAUAGAAACCAACCAGAUAUUUACGCGCAAUGCAACAUGGGGCCGUGUCCUGUAUGGCAGGCGGGAGACUGGGAAACGGUAAGGAAAUUCAACAAACUAUGCAAAUAAGCUCGAGUUAAAAGGAGUAAGGCUAAAAUAAUCACAGCUUUUUCCCCUGUAAGAAUUCGAAUGCGAUUUAGGAGAAGGCUGGUUUCCAAGCAUAGGUGCCAAGAUCUCUGUUUUUGUGACCGAGAUUUUGGUAGGAUGUCUUGGAAUGCCCAAUUUAUCAUAAAUCAACUUCUCCUGCUUGAGAGAUCGCGCAAAGUUCCCCUCAGAGACUGAGCGAAAACUUUCCACAUGAAUAGUAUUGAGAAGACCUCCCACCUAAGUAAACGGGCUGGAAUUUAUUUCGUAGGCAGAAAAAAAUAAAAAUUUAGUCCGCCAGUCAGGUCAGUCCGGUUUUCGAGCUAACAAACGUUCGCCCAAUUCUGAUAAAAAAUACCAGAAGCUGACAAAUGAAAUUUGUUUUCUUUGCAGUGUUCAGUUUCCUGCGGAAAUGGUGAAAAAAGACGUACAGUUACAUGUAGUGGAGGGGAAGGGAAUUGUAACGCAAGAAACAAACCGCUUGCCAUAACCAGCUGUAAUCUUGGUGCUUGUCCUGUUUGGAGAUUUGAUGCGUGGAGUCGGGUAACAUAUUUUGCAUUUACAUGUUGUGAAUCUUAUUUUUAUAAAAAUGAAAUUUUUCUGGAAAAUAUUACAACAAAGAAAGAUUUGAACAAAUCUGAGCCUAGACAAACAUGAUAGCCGUACUCUUCGUUGCAAGGGCUAUGAAGGAAACUUUCCUUUAAAUAUGCACGUGUAUUCACCUAUUUGCCAUCAGGAUAAACGCUUGAAAGGUCUUGAAAUUAGUCAGUAAGGCUGCGUAACGUUCUUGGAAAGACUUCGUAGAGGUUAUCGGAAAGUCUUCCUGAGGUUGUCAGAACUGUCCAGCUAAAAAAAAGGUUUUAAAUUAGAGGCCUUCUUAUGAAACACGGUCUUGUACGGAGUCUCACACUUCCAAUAGAGUCAUUACUGUAACUUCAUCAGUUGAUUUAAUUUCAUUGAUUUCAACAACAGUUUCAUACAAUUAAAUGGGUUCUAAAGCACAAUUCUUACCCUUUUACAGUGCUCGGUGUCCUGCGGAACUGGGAGAAGAAAGCGCAUUGUUUACUGCAGCGGAGGAAGAAACAAAUGUGACAAGGGAAGCAAACCAGAGGCGAUAACAUCCUGUAACCUUAGCAAGUGUCCUGAGUGGAAAGUCGGUGACUGGAACCAGGUAAAUGCAGAGAAAGAAAUUAGUUCUUAGAAACAUGCUUGUUCUUUGGGGUGAAUUCGAAGUGCCCUCUAUAGUCGUCGGAAUAACUCCGUAGUUCUUCGGAACUGCCGUUGAUGUCAAAAACAAAAUGAUGAUAUAGGAACCUAACUUAAUUUUAUUCAAAGCAAAGGAAAACUUUAAAGUGCUUUUCGAUUGAGUGUUAACAUUGUAGGGCAAUUUUUCAUUCAGAGCCAAAAGUAAUGUGAAAUUGCAUUUUUUUUUUUCGCAAUGUGACUGGUCCAGAUAACUCGCGCCAUCCCCUCAACCAACAAGAUUUAAAACUACAACCAAUCGGCAUCCACAUUUUCCCGCGCUUAAGAAAUUUAAUUGUCUAUACUUAGAAUUCUGAUUGGCUCCUGGUGAUAUUUUCUGUCUUCUUAUUGGCUUGAUUACUCUGUCCUUGGUUUACGACUGUCAAUCGAAAAGCGGUCUAAAAUCAAAACCAAUAUACUAACAAUGGCUCAUUAGCACUAAGUUGCAAAUGACAAUCCGAAGUAAAAACAUGUAACCGCGCUCUGGCGAGGGAAAUCGCGGGAAGGCAGGUCACCAUCGGUUUGAGUUCUGUAUCUGAUUGGUUGGGAAGGCGGUACAAGGUUUCUAAACCAACUAGAGAGCGUAGUAAAGCUAAUGCAACAAAUGCAAUCUCAGAUUUCUUUCCUCGAUAAAUUCAAAAUUUCUUCCAAAUGUCACAGUGUUCAGUGUCUUGCGGAACUGGAAUAAAAGAACGUUCAGUUGAAUGCAGUGGAGGAAGAGGCAAGUGUGAUGCAAGAAUUGAACCCGAAGCCAAGACGAGCUGCAACCUUGGCACUUGUCCUGAAUGGAAAUUUGGUCCGUGGAGUAAGGUAAACACCUGGGUCCUUUUGGCAUUUAUGAGCAUAUUACUUGCUUAGAAACAGAGAAUCUUAGAGGGGGAGGGGAGGUAGAGGAAACAUAGCGCGAGGGUUAUUCGAAAUAGACAAUUUUGAAGGAGUCUUUCUUAAUUGUUUCACGUCAAUUUGUUUUCCUUCAAGAAAAUAACAAAAUGUUCUCUGUCCUGAUUUGUAGUGUUCGGUGUCAUGUGGAAAUGGCAAAAUAGAGCGCACUGUUGAGUGUUCAGGAGGAAGAAACAAUUGUGACGUUGAAACUAAACCACAGGCCAUAGCCAGCUGUAAUAUUGGCUCCUGUCCUGUGUGGAUCACUGGCGAAUGGACCCAGGUGAGAUGAAUAUAGUUAAUGUCAAUUAGAAGAAACCUGCAAUGCAAGAUUCUAGGGUGAAAAUAGUCCUGAACAGAAACUGCGUUACAACUGAUCCAUUGGAAACUGAAACAGGAUUCAUGAACAUGUCUUUGAAUUGAUCCCAUGGAAUUCGGCAUUCUUCGGACAUGUUCGCUAAAGCCAUGUAUGCGUGAUGUUUUCGGGUGUUUGCAGGGGAGGGGUAGAGGGUGGCGUUGAUAAAAUGGCUCGUGAAAGUUGAAAAUAUUUCUAUUACAUCCCGAUGUAAUUAUACGCGGUAAGGUUGUCUUGGUUUGCAUUCUUUAUCGUUUUUCUCGUCUUGCAGUGCUCUGUCACCUGUGGAGAUGGCAACAGAAGGCGAUCCGUGUCAUGUAGUGGAGGAUUAAGUAAGUGCAACCCUAAGAACAAACCAGAAGCUGUUUCUCAUUGUAACCUUGGAGCUUGUCCUGAAUGGAGAACGAGCCAAUGGAGUAAGGUAAGCACUUUCUUCUACUCAUCUGUUUCUAGUUUAGAUUCAUAACUGAUUAAUCCAUUACACCCUAAUAUCAAUAGAGAAAUAUGUUUUUUUCGUCUUGUCACGAGCGUGGGACAAAGAAAAAAUUCUGAGUCCCCAUGAGAAAUUGAACCUCAGACCUUCGGAUUCCGCGCUCCGAUGCUCUAACCACUGAGCCAUAGAGACUCUACGGUGAGCAAGGUCUAUUACGAAGUUCAUAUGAAUUGUUUCCUUCAUACUGCUAGGAUCAACAAUGUCGAUAGCGUAAUGUUUGUAGGUAGAAAUAAGAGAGAUGGUAAGUUUUGAGCUCGGUAAAAAAAUAGAGAAAGAUGUUUUUGAAUUGGUAAACUAAUAUUAGUUUGCAAGUUCUUCAUACUGUUCUCUAUACGUCUACUAUGGUACUUACAUAGAGAAUUUGCCUAAUAAUCAAGAGCUUCUUUAGUUCGCAAUCAUUACCUCUGUUCUCACGACCUUAAUAUUUGAUCCAGGGGUGAUAUUGUUGUGAGAAACUGAAUACUCAUCACUCUCAGGGGUUAAAGGGUAAAGAUUGUAUCAUAAUAAAGGCACCUUGACUGAGUGCCAAAGAACCAAGAGGAUAAAAAUAAUCAAUCAGAAUAAAUUAACUGCUAUAAGGAACCAACUAGAAUUUUAAUAACCUUAUGUCAACGGCUUCCAAGCGAGAAACUACAUGCUACGGAGUCGCGACUGUUCUAAAGCUUGGAUCUGAUUGGUUGAGAGGGUGGCGCGGGUUUUCUAAACCAAUGAAAUAAUGCAACACAAUUACUUGAAAUUACGCUCACAGAGAUUACUAUUAUUAGUGUUCAGUUACUUGUGGGAGUGGCCGUAAACAGCGCACGGUCCAAUGCAGCAGAUUGGAUGUAACUUGUGAUCCAAGCAAGAAACCAAUAACAACGAUGGACUGUGAUCUUGCUGAAUGUCCAAAAUGGCGGACAGGCCAAUGGAGUGGGGUUAGCGACCUUUCCAUUCUUAUUCAUGCCACGUGGACCUGAUAUAUGGCCUGUUUUGAAAUUUUCAAUAAGCUUUGUGAAUGUAUUUUGAGCUGCAUCUUUCUUUCCCCCCACCCCCCUUUCCUUUGGUAGGUUUUUUUUCGCGACGCAUGUGAUCUGAUCAAUUGGCCAAUCGUAUUAAGAGAUCUAAAACUUGACAUUGAGGUCGACGGGGAAAUUUCCGUGGACACUUGCGUAGUUCGGUUCAUUUUAUGAGAUUUUUGUAUUACAAAUUUGUCGCUUAAUUUUCAUUUGGAGUUUAACAAAGGAUCUAUGGGCAACCAAAUGUGGCGUUUAACACGAAAUCAUAGCUAGCUUGGGUUUCAGUGCACAAAACGGACUCAAACUAAUUCUUUUCCGCUGAGUAAGAGAAAUAUACGACUUCUUAACAGAGGUACUCUUGACUUGCAGUGUUCCGUCACCUGUGGAGAUGGGAACAAAAAGCGUUCCGUGUCAUGCAGUGGAGGAAGGAAUAAAUGUGAUUCCAGCAGCAAACCGGAAGCUGUUUCUCGUUGUAACCUUGGAGCUUGUCCUGAAUGGUUAGCAGCUGAAUGGAGCCGGGUAGGGCGACUGUCUUUUUAAACCCAAUUCAUUCGCUUAUUAUCGAAAUGCGCUGACAACAGGUGUCGAAAAGCAACCAAUCAGAGCGGAGUAUAAUGCUUCGUAAGGUGACGGGCAUGCAGUUGACUAUUGCCUAAGACUGGCAGCAUGCAAUCGAAACGUCGUUAUCUAAAUCGGUAGUGAAUACAUUAUGAGAAGAAAAAGAUUAUACUUUUUAAUUAGAUUCGCAUGAAGUUUGUAAUUGCUAGUAAACUUAACCCUUUGCAACAUUUUAUAUAGUGGUUGGAGAAUUCUGAGAAUGAUUUAGCCACUUUUAAGUGCACGCGCUUGCUGUUGAAUUGUUAAUCAAGUAAUUAAAGAGUUAUGACUCCAUUCAACAGCCAGAAACUGUGUUCGUUCGACAUAAAUCUAGAACUCUUUAACCUUUUAAUUUAGCAAAAUGAGAUCUGUCCCUUAACCCAGCGAUGGUUAAUGAAAUGAGCUCUCCAUUAACUCAUAAAAUUCAUGCAUUUUGGUGAGUUUCAGUGCGUUGUUAGUGCUCUCGCAUCGGCACGGCAUUGUUAAUCGCACGAAGUUUGAAUGCUUGCAAAUCGGGACCAAUAAAGUGAUUUUAACGAUCUAUUUCUAGUGCUCAGUUUCUUGUGGAAGCGGUUUCAUACGGCGUAUGGUUAAAUGCAGCAGAUCGGACGUCGCAUGUGAAUCAAGAAGGAAACCAGCAACAACAGAGAGAUGCAUUCUAGAUGAAUGUCCUAAAUGGCAGACGGGGGACUGGGGUCAGGUAAGUGAUUCAGUAUGGUGUGGGCUUGUUUCACAAUGACUGUAACUUUACCCGGGAUGUCUCACACUCGGGCUGUGUUACUGGAUGACGAAUAAUUUUACCCUGGAUGUCUAAGACCUAGGCCGGGCCCAAGGAGUGGACUUCAGCCAGUGUCAUUGUAAUUUUACCCUUGAUAUCUCAAUCUUAGGUCGGGUUCCCCGCUGUGCACUUGUGUUUGCGUGUUGCUGUGAUUUUACCUAGGAUCUCCUUCCUAGGAAUUGCCCUCAGGCGCACACUUGCGUGCAGACCUUGCUAUCAUUCUUUGGCGUAAAUGCAUAGAAUUGCAUGGCAUGUACCCUUGAGUUAUCCGUGUUCCCAUUUUAUCAUUUUUGAACCAGAGUUAAUGGCUCCAACUCACAUCAGUUGUCUUGGACUAAAAAAAUGGUUGGUCAUUCCCUUCAUCUUUUGCUUUGUAGUGUUCAGUAACUUGUGGCGAAGGACGUAAACAGCGCAAUGUCAGGUGUAGCGCGGGACUAAACAAAUGCAAUCCUAGAACCAGACCACAGACCUCUAUCAGUUGCAACCCUGGUGUUUGUCCACAAUGGAGAGUGGCAGAAUGGUCACAGGUAAGUCCUCUGACUACUCACAAUGGCAGAUCCACCUUUUUAAACCUGUGGGGUAUUUAUACCACAUGUCUGACACCAAAAACUGUUGUAAUGGUCACGAGAGUGAAGGAAAUGAUCACCAACUAAAGACCUUCUUGUCUUGUCAGCGCCUUGGGAAAUAUGUAGAGAAGGGUAUGGAAAAUAUGUGUACUUAUGUUAAGGGUUAAUGAGACUUGACCUAACUUAUUAACCUAACCUAGUUAAAUUUAUUUCCGGACGUACCGAUCGAUUCCCCCAGCUAGAAGAGAAAAAAAAAAGCAGGAGAAUACUCCCUUGAAAUGAAUGUGGAUAUACCAAAAUUAAAUCUCUGAUAACUUUGCUGUCAUUCUUGCCAGUCGUUGUCCUUUAAUUCACGUUUUGUUACUUAUUUUAUCGUCACUUAUUUACAAAAAAUGAAUGUCGCAUUUAGAUUUUGAUAGACUGGCCUACCCGCCUGGUCUAACUUUAGUAAGCUUUCCGCGGCCAGGAGAAUUUACUAUAGAAUUGCAAAAAGGUUAAAGUAAGGAUUUUUGUUGCAGUUGUUUUCGUAGUUGUGAAUUAAUGUUUUUCUUCGUUAUUGUAGUGUUCGUCCUCUUGUGGCGAGGGAUUCAAAGAGCGGGUGGUCGAAUGUGAUGGGGGACCAAAUACUUGCGACCCUGGGGCCAAACCGACAAACAGAGCCCGUUGUAACUUGGGACAGUGCCCACACUGGAAAACAGGAGAAUGGUCUAAGGUACUGUGGUAAUGUUUAUUACAGCUCUAUUGUAAUCAACCAUCGUCGAUGUGAUUGAUUCAGUGGUAGUUGCGCCUCUUCGAGGAACCUCAAUUUUGCCUUUCGCUUUCUUAAAGGGAAACUUAAGUACAGAGAUACUGAUUUUUGAUUUGAAUAAGCUGUUAUUAUAGACCCUUUUAAAACACCUUUACCGUUGCUACUUUGGGAAGGUGUUGCACAACCGCCUCCAAAAUAUGUGCCAUCUUAACUGAACUAUCUUUUUCGACUUGUUUGGCAGUGCUCGGUGACUUGUGAAGACGGAUAUAAACAAAGACUGAUAGAAUGCCUCAGCGGAGUGAAGGCGACUUGUGACGAAAGAACCAAACCAGAGUCGAUAAUUCCAUGUAAGCUUGGGCCCUGUCCAAGAUGGAACACGGGAAGAUGGACACCGGUAAGUUGUCUCUGAACUCAUUUUGCGAUUUCACGUCCUUCAUUGGAGCGCUUUUCGAUCGAUGGUUCUAUACUCUCACACUUGUUCGUUUGCCUUCCAGAAAAAAGUCAUAAAAAAUGUGUUAUUAUUCCAUUCCCAUUCCAAAACGAUAAUUGUUGUAUAACAUCAGAAAUUUAAUGUUUUUACGAAGGGCGUGCCGUUUUUUUACUUUAAUUAAAGGUUACCAUUGUAUCAAUUCAACCUCUGCGAAACACCCAUAAUUCAAGCUUUAUGUGAUUGCAACACAAAAACUACUCUGGUGGCCCCCAUUUUUUUAAAGCAAUUAGCGUAUUCAAGAUUCAUUUUACUUCAAAGUUUAAAGAGGAUCUGUAGUAUUGAUGCGAUAAUCGAAAGUGGCUCAAGAGAGAGUUACUAUUGAUUAAAGAACUGUUUAUUUACAUAUUUAAAGAAACGACCUGAGAAACUUAAUAAUGUGCUUGAUCUUUUUGCAGUGUUCUCGCACAUGUGGGGAAGGACUAAGGCUACGAUAUGUAGGCUGUUUUUCUAUAAAAUACUCCCGUGUAUUGAACAACGAGUCUGCGUGUGACAUGACUUUGAGGCCUCCUUCAGCCGAAGCCUGCAAGAUCAGAGAAUGCGCUGAUUGGCAUACGGGAGACUGGGGGGAGGUAAGAGUCACCAUUACGGAGCUCCAUACCUAAGAAAAUAUGGUGAUAAAGAAGAACUAGUACAUGUUUGAUUUUCACAAUGCCAAAGGUAAAAAUCAAAAUGAAAACCAUAAACCAUACCGUUGAAUUAUUUCUCAGUAAAGAUGGAGCUUGCAUAUAAAUCGUUCCAGGUUUUAGGCAGGGACUAGAAAGUUUCGAUGACGUUUGGCAGUAUGACAAACAGGAGCUUUCAUCGGAAUACUCACAUAUUGAGUUUUCACCUAGACACUUAAAAAUUGAAGCCGUCUUGUGCAAAAUAAUGAACAAUGCCUUCAUCGAUCAUGAUUAUUGGAAAGUACUUCCUAUGAGUCACUUCUUUGACAAACGAGGAAUUUUUAAUUGUAAUUUUGCAGUGUUCUCGCAAAUGUGGUAACGGAAUCAGGAAAAGAAACGUUGAAUGUAAAUCAACGGAACAACAGCGCACACUUGAGGACUCUGCUUGUGCACUUAAGCCGAAGCCUUUCGUCCAAGAAGACUGCAAACUGAGGGAAUGUCACCCGGAUGCCAAAUGGCGUAAAAGCCUUUGGGGCAAGGUAUGAGAACAUCCUUCGUGAUCUUAGGGGAGGUUUAACCUGACUGUCAGGAGUAAUUGAAUACGAAUGCUUUGCUUCUCUCAUGGGUGAAUCAAGAAUACCCGGGGUAGCCUUUCAACCAAUCACUCGCAAACUAGAACCAAUUAUGACUUAGUUAAUUACGUUUUCCCACCCUUAUGGAUGUUUGCUUACUGGUGUCAUAAAUAGACUGCCUCCUGGUGAUGUAUGUUUUGUUUUCCAAAUAGCCGUAACGCCCCAUUAUGGAUUCUCUUAUAAGAGACAGUAAUAAGUUAAGUAGCCUCACCAUUCUUUUGUCUUUCUUCUUUGAUUUUCAUUAGUGCUCAGUCUACUGUGGAAUCGGUGACAAAACACGUGAUGUGUGGUGUGGUACUAAAAACGGGGAAAAAAUCGCGGAGGAGUUAUGCGCGGACGAACAUAAACCUCGAACACGCAGAUCUUGUAACAAGCGACGACGCUGCGGUGAAUGGGAGAGUGGACUGUGGAGCGAGGUAGCUACGCUCCUUUUGACAACUUCAAUUUAUAUACUUAAGAGAGCAAUUCAGUUUCCUCUCAAUCCAGUGGUGCCCGAUUAAUUUCGACCGGAAUGCCUGAACAAUAAUGUGCGCGCGAGAAUCAGAGCGAGUUUGCAUGUCUGCUGGUCUCGGUGAUUCGUUCUUUAUCGUGCGCGUGUACCUUACGCCAACUUAUCGCGAGUGUGUGGCGGAGACCAAUUGGUUAGGUCUCUAAAGAGUGCAGACCGCAAUUACAAUUUUCAUAAAUAUUAUUUUACAUUUAUUCUUACAGUGUUCAAAAACGUGCGGAGAGGGUAUAAGAACACGUUACAUCAGAUGUCAUCACCAGCUGGAGUACAAAGGAAACAUGUUCUGUGAUGAAGAGAGGCGGCCAACAGAAAAACAGCCUUGUAACAAAGGGGCAUGUCUUCCUACGUUGUACCGCUGGCAGAUUUCCGGUUGGAGUCGGGUAUGAAAUGUUACCACUUCAGUAUCAUCACGCCAACAUUUCAACAGCCACACACUGGGACUUUAAACUUAGAAGCUCGUUGUACAGCGUGAUCUAUUCAAGUUAACAGUUCUACAUGAAAGUACAGCUCAGGAGCUUUCAUUUCAAUACCCACUCACGAGAACUCCAUUCCCAGACGCACCCUUUUUAUAGCUAAAAACAAUAUCGAUUGAAAUGUUAUCUGGCCAAUAGUCCAAGUUGGAUUCAGAGCCAUGCGGAAUAUCCUUGUUAGGAACAUAGCAUUCAGCGGAGAGUAUCCCUGUUUCCCUUAUCAUUUGAAAAAGGAAACUACAUGAAUGCCCGAAAAUAGCUGUCUGUAAAUAGGUUAUGCGCGCCUAUUUGGACAUCUGUAUGACGCCUUCCUUUGUUUCUACUUGUAGUGUUCUACUUCGUGUGGGUACGGGAAAAAGUAUCGUAAUACUUGGUGCGUUGACUUAGCGGGAAGGCAAGUUAGUAGUGAACGAUGCAGUGCCGCAGAAAAACCUGAAACUGUUUCCUACUGCUUCGAAACGAACUGUCCACCCGAAUGGAAAGCCGGAGAUUGGUCGGAGGUAAAUUAUAUACUCGCUGAAUUACAACCAUUUCUGUUGUAGGGAUUCGCGUGGCCUAAUGCAUGGGCUCAUAAUGUCUUGUUCUUUAGCAAGACAAUUGACUCUCGAAAUAUUAGGGGUUUAGCCUGCGAUAGGCUGGCAUGCCACUCAGGGGAAAUAGCAAAACUUGUUGUCGCUAAAGAAAUCAGGAUGAACUCUGGUGGUUCGAGUCAUUUUACUUGUACAGACGUUAUCACUUGCUUUUGCUUCAUGGCCAUUGGCAUGUAUAAACGGCAUGGCACAUCUUCAUCGGAAGAAAUUUAAUAGCAUUUUAUAGUUGUGGUUUUUCACAUUAAAUAUCAAGGCACUAAAGCCAUGUGUUCUUGUGCCUGCAGUGCUCCCAAACGUGUGGACGCGGUCACCAGACCAGAAAAGUGGGUUGUGUUGCAAAAUAUGGUAGAACCCAGUCCUUAGAUAUGCAAUGUGACGCACAGAAAAGACCUGUUUCAUGGCGAUCUUGUAACUUGGGACGUUGUAACUCUCGGUUCUGGAGUGUGGGAUCGUGGCAUAACGUAAGUAAAUUUAUGUGUAACUUUACGUAAGGGAGUGGAGACGCAUUAGACUGAUAGCUCUUCGCACUUGUCUCUAACUCGAGAAUCUAUCUCUAUGGCAUCGGAAAAUUUGUCUCUUAACAUAGAGUAGCCCAUCAUAAAACUUAGAACCCUGUCUUUAUUUUCUUGUAGUGCAACGUCAGUUGUGGCCGCGGUAACACGAGCAGAACUGUUAUUUGUUUGUCAAGAGACGGAUCUCCACUCAGGGAUUCAAACUGUUUAUCGCCUACAACACCCAAACCAGAAACCACUCGGUCAUGUUCUAUGAAAGCUUGUAAGUAACCAGAGUUUCUUUCCGCGGCACUCUGUCUACAAAUCGGAUGCAAAUCUGAAACCAGUCACUUUCAUUUUACCGCGCUUCAGACAGAUGGAAUGUGUUUAAGUUUCGUUGUUUUUGGUCCCUUACGAUGGUUAGCUUUGAUCUAAGCAGAUAUGUUUUCCUUUGAUGUGGCUUUCAGAUCAGGGACUUCAAUUCAAGCAGGUUUCUAGCUACUGCCGCCUAUGAGGCCUCUUGACGCUGUCUGUUUAGAUACUACUUGUGAAAGAGCUCUAAUUUCCAACUUAAUGUUAAAUUUAACAGGUCCACCAGCGAGCUGUAAGGAUCUUCAGUUAAAUGCUGGAUUACAAGUGGAUGGUGAACAAACUUUGACUGUCCAAGGAAAGGAACUUCAAGUAAGUCACCGAGCGCAAAUUCUAAUGCUCUGUUGAAAAAUGUCAGACUGGAUCAGGGAAAAAUAGAGUUAUAAAAAAGAGCGCUUGUCAAAUGAGUAAAGAAGAACAAAAAGCCAAGGGAAAGUCAAACGCCAAGCCAGUAAAAGGAAAAAGUUACAAAGAGUCCAUAAGAGCUCACAGAUAAACUGUCCGAAGCGCUCACGACGAGCUCACGAAGAGCUUAUAGGUAAGCUGACCGAAGUUGUCACAAAGAGCUCACGAAGAUCUCACGAGGAAACUGCCCGAAGCGCCGGGAAAUCCGUGUGACGACCAAGCCAACUAAACAAAAACUAAUGCAAUUCCAGUUUACUCAGAAACGAGAUAAUUUGAUUUUAUCAACUGAGUUGAUAAUGCAAAUUGUCCACCGUAGAUAGUUUCUAAAACUGACGUUUCUCGCGUUGUUCCUUCGUCGGAACGAAAGAGCUAACCGACGAAGGGACGAAGCGACGAAGGGCUAUCGCUCUAAACGUCAGCGUUAGAAACUCUUUACGGUGACCAAUUUGGAUUAUCAACUCACCUACCCUAACCCUACCCCCUUUCCCCAUCGACGUAUCACCACAGUUUCUUUACGAACUACCCCUUUUAAUAGCUGUAACAGAUGGUUGUAUACCUUCGUACCAACUGGAGUGCAAAAUCCUCGCUGAGACUGCAGUAAACAAUGUUUCUAUACCUUUUUGAUAAAGCUUGUUGCAUUUUUGUUGCUGAAAUUAUCAAGCAUGGACCUCAUACAGCCCGAAUUUAGGUUGUUAAGGUUUGAGACAUACGAUAAGUUACCUUAUUCUAUCAAAAUUCAAGCAUUCUUCGUGAUUGAUAUGGUGAAUUGAUUUGAUUUCCUGCUGUUUUUUUCAGGUGUAUUGCCAUGCAAUGAUGUCAAAAGAACCUAAAGAGUAUAUUACACUUAAAACAGGACAUUCUGAUAACUUCGCUGAAAUCUAUCCAAAAAGGUAACGCCAUCUAAUCUAAAGGGAUUUAUUAGUUUUUGACUCGUAUAUUAGUGCGGCAAGUCUAUUGAACCUAAAUGGAAAGGUGUAAAUCGCCUAUGUUUGUCUCAAUUCAGAAAUUAAUGGGGAAACUCUGAGAAAUAAUAGAAGCCGUCGUACUAUUAAAUCUUAAUUGAUUAGUAGGAAAUUUUUGAUUUCGUCUGGACUGUUUUGUGCUUGUAGAAUAAAGCUCAAGCCCCGCCUAUUUUGUGUGCCGUUUACAUGGGCUAUUUUUUGCCAAAAAUUGACUGUCAUGCAGUAGUAAGUUGUCAAAUACUGAGAUAAAAUAGUUUUUGGCUGGUAUACCGCGGCGUUUCGUCCUUGCCAAGAAAAUCAUCAAACAAUUUUCCGAAUUUUCAAACAAAUUCGGCAAGUGUCUUGCUGAAAGUCCCUUUGCAAAGUUCAAGAUGUUGGCAGUCCAGCCCUCUAUGAGCAAAUGAUUCUGAAUCACAUUUUCAAGGGAUAUUUUUAUAUAAUAAACCAUUUUCAAAAACUUCUGUAUUAUUCUGCCUGUAAAAAGUCAGCCACGAGAUUUAUUUUAAAACAAAGGUGCGUGCAGUAUCGGUCAAGACUUAAUGUAACGGUUUCUUCUGCAGGCUACGUGAUCCCAGGAAGUGUCCAGCAAAUGGCUCUCAUAUUGAUGCCUGCGAUUGUGAAGAUGAAGAUUUCAAACUAUCUGGAGGUUCCUACUUCUACAAGCUUAGAGUAGACUUGUCUGCCAUGAAGAUUAUAUGUAAGUGACAUCAAGUUCCCAUGUAUUUUAAGAGGUAAUAGGCAACGUCGCCCCAAGUUUUGUCGACCCGAAGUAUGGUCGCGUCGCCACCAAAGUGAAGUUGCUUCGCCUCCAACUACCAUCUAGGGACCUGCUCUUUACAUCAUGUUAAUAUUAGGAACUAGAGAAAAUUGGAAUACUGAUACUUAAUCAUGUACGUGACUACAAAAUUUUGCAAGAACCAAACGUAACUUCCCAUAAAAUUUUUCAUAUGUUUUGGAAUUCUAUGGAGUUUGAAAACAAGAAAGGAUGAACAUAAUCUUUCUGAUCUGUUUUAAAGUACUACGCUCAUAUUCCAAAACAUUUUGGUGGUUUCUCGUCUCUAACAGCGUUUUUAUUGUUAUUAUUUGAUCUUAACAUUAGCGGAAGACAAGCAAUUUACAGUAAAAAGAGGUUUAAAUCCACCGUCGUAUGGCACAGCAGGAGACUGUUAUAGCGCUCAAGGAAAUUGUCCACAGGUGGGAAAAACGGAAGUGGACCUAAAACACAUGAAAGUUAAUACUCGUGGUUAUAAGAUGAGAAAUUUUUGACUAUGUAAUGAGAAAGCUUACGUUAAGCGACAAUAAUAAGAGCAAUCACAUAGUUUGAUCGGUAGCCUGCGAGCAGAGGCCUUCAUGAUUAGCGCUGCAAGACGACCGUUUCUCCGCCCGGAGAGAUUUGAGACGAGUCGGGGAGAGGUUUGCAGUGGGCCAGGCACUACAUUAUCAGCUCCAGACCCCUUAUAGUACUCUCGCCGGCUCACGGUUAUAAUGAAGGCCUGCUAGCAGGUUAGCUGAUGCAAGUGUCACAAGGAGCCAAUGAGAACUCAUAGCAAAUACAUGCAAACAUUCUUGAACGCGCCGCGAAAACUGGGAAAACCAAACUGUGAUUGGCUCACGUUUGGCAUCUGAUUGGUUGGGGAACUAGCGCUAGUUCCUUAGACAAAUCAAAACUGUAACAAAAUUCGCUGACUUUUGACUGACGAAUAAUCAAAGAAUCUUCUUCUUAUCGUUAUCGAAUCAUUAACUUUAAUUUUUUGAUAUUUUGCAGGGUCGUUUUAGUAUUAAUUUAGAAGGCACUGGUAUUAGAUUGACUUCUAAAGUGAUGUGGGGUUCAACUGGCAAGGCAUACUCGCAAAUUAUAUACAGAUACCGGGUGAGUAUAUUUAACAAACAGCCUCAACGUCUCUGUUUGCCUUUUCAGUUGUAGAUCAAAAAUGGCGUCAAAAUGCGCUAAGUAAAAAACAGUGCCUCACGAGCCGCAGGCGAGAUUGUCGUCGAUAUCACACAAAAUCCUUUCCGCUCUUUUCCAAUCGAGUUCUACAUUCUUGUGAAAGAUUUUCGCCAAGAACUUGGUUUCUUUUCCUUGUACCUCUUUUAAUCUCUAGGAACUUGUUCAUUUCUUUUUCACGAAGCUACUCAGUGACUGCAGUAUAUGUGUUCAAUCGUGGUAUUAUUUUCUGUUGAACAGGAAGCUGAAGGACUUCGUGUUCGAGGUAAAUGCGGCGGGCGCUGUGGAACUUGUAGCCAUGAAGAUUAUGGAGGGUUAACGAUAGAACUGUCCGAAGGUAAGAGGAAAAGGCCAUUUCUUUGA